AUCAUCGACAUCACAUCACAGCCGGCCAUUUUGGAUUUGCUGGGCGUGCGAGGAGCCGGCACACGAACGUGGAAGCAAAUGUCUCAGUGUAACCACUACUCGUCUGUCAACACCGCAAGUUAGCCUCAAAAUAAUGACUACUCGACCGUGAAUAAGACAACAUUGGUGACCCCCUGGGUGUGUGGUGUAUGUGUACAGCAGGCCUAGGCACACGAGACAAUACACAAUGUACAGUCCAAGGCAAUCGCCGUUGCCGCUAGACCACAGCGGUACCGGUGCAGCAGCGGAGCGAGACGGUAGUUCUAGCCGGAGCAGUUCCGCUUCGGGAUCGGCAGCCUCGGGGACACGAUCGCCGUCGCGUUCAGCCCGUCUUCGUUCCUCACGACCUGAUGUGAGCACUUCUCUGCCGAUGGAGACGAUACAGUCGUUGAAUGCUGCUUAUAAUGCAGGACCUAUUUACAUGGGGGACGGAGUUGGGAGUCCUGUUCAGAGCCGGGCUUCGCCCGUGUCGAGCGGCGCGAGUGGCAAGUCCAACUCGCUGUCACCGCGGAACUCUCCAACCCCAAGCCAUGAUAGUCGUUCCAGCAGUUUAGGAUCCAGCCAGGGUCUCCACGGUUCCCCACUGACCGGCUCCGACGGUGCCGAACCCCAUCCCUCGGACCAGCUGGCCAUGAACAACUCCAACUCCCACUCCAACUCCCAUCAUCCCGAGGAUAUGCGCCCGCCGCAGGACUCCAUCAUGCUGGACGUUCACACCCAGCUCCGGGAGUACCAACUGGAGAAUGCCUCCCUCAAGCAGGAGUUAGAGGCCAAGGAGGCCAAGCUGGCCUCCAGCAUGAACAGCAUCAAGACUUUUUGGAGUCCCGAGCUCAAGAAGGAGCGGGCUCUCAGGAAGGAGGAAUCCAUGAGGAUGCAGGUCUUGAGGGAGCAGUGUCGGACUUCCUUGGAGGAAAAUCAGAACUACUGCCAGGACCUGAAGCAGUUUCAGGAAGAGCUGCAGCAGCAGCGAGAGUUCAACGCCCAGCUGCAGGCCUCGCUGUCUACUCACGCUGUCAGCGGCGCCCACCCGCACCACGAGGUGGACGCGCUGCGCUCGGACCGCGACCGCCUGUCCAAGGAGGUCUUCCUGCUGCGCAAGACCCUGGAGGAGAUGGAGAUCCGCAUCGAGACCCAGAAACAGACCCUCUCGGCCCGGGACGAGAGCGUCAAGAAACUCCUGGAGAUGCUGCAGAGCAAAGGCUUACCCACCAAGCACCUGGAGGUGGAGCGGGAGGAGGCGGACCGGCUCAGGUCAAAGGUCGUGGAGGCGGAGUCCCGUAUCCUGCAGUUGGAGACCAUGCUGGAUCAGCGCGACCGGGAGAGGAGUAGAAUGGCAGAUGAGGAUAAGAUUGCUACCUUGGAGAGUCGAGUCCGCGAGUACGAACACGAGCUGAGAAGGGUCCGAUCGCUGGGCUCGUUAAGUCCAGAAGAGAGGGAAGAUCGACAGCGUGAGAUCAACGACUAUAAGUCUCAUUCCAAGAUUCUCAAGAGUCAGGUUGAUCAAUUCAAACUAGAGCUCAACAAGAAAUCUUCCGAGGUUCAAGCGCUCCAGACGAAGAUCGAGACGCUAACCCAUCAGCAUCAAGACUACCAGGCACACGUCAGUCUACUCAAGGAAUCGUUAGCCGCCAAGGAACAGCACUCCAGUAUCCUGCAAGCAGACGUGGAAGCUUUGAGGACGCGCCUCGACGAGAAAGAGAUGACCCUCGUCAGAAAAGAGCAACUUCUGAGCACGCUCAGCACGGACAAGACCAAGCGCUACUCGGAGGUCAACGAACUCAAAGAGAUGUUGGAUAUCAAGGAGCGCAAGAUUGGUGUUCUGCAGAGGAAGCUUUCUGAUUUGACUAAUGCCAUGGACAUCAAGGAGCGGAAACAAUACAUACUACAGAUCAAGAUCGACAACCUCCAGGAGCAGCUGCACGACAAGGAGGAGCAGUGCAACCAGCUCCGAGCCAAGCUGUCCUCGGUCCAGGCCGACCAGACCAGCUCGGACAGCGCCAUGUCCAGCCUGGAAGACGCACUGAUGGAUAAGGACAAAGCCUUGGACCGGGUCAAGGAGCAACGAGACCGAAACAUCAAGGAGCACGAGGAGGAGCUGCAGAACCAGCAGAAACAACUCAAGGAGGUCAAGACGCGGCUAGAGAACCUGCAGAAGGAACUCAGUGAGAAAGAGGCAAGUUUGAUGGACCUGAAGGAGCACGCCUCCACGCUAGCCUCAUCAGGUCUCAAGAAGGACUCCAAGAUUACAACAUUGGAGCUGGCUGUGGCUCAGAAGACCGAGGAAACGGCUAGGCUGGAAGCUGACCUGAAAAAGAAAGCUCGCAAAAUAUACAUGCUGCGAGAGGACAGGGAUGAGGAAGAGAAACGGUCAGCCAAGGCUCUGGAGGAGGCCAUCGCAAGACAUAAGGAUGAGGUGGCCAAGACGCAGAACGAAGUCGACAGACUCCUGGAGAUCAUGAAGGAGAUGGAAGGAGAGAAGAACGACAAAGACAAGAGGGUGACAGAACUAGAAAUUAUAAUCAGGAAGCAUUGCCCUAGUCAGCUGAAGGAUGCGACAAAGAGGCUGACAGGAGUCAAGAGAGACCAGCAGCUGCAGAAGAGAAAGAACGCACAGCUCCUCGAAGAGGCGAGGAAAAGGGAAGGGGAGCUGAGCACAGAUACACACCAGCUUCAGACCUUUGUUAGGCAGAGAGAUGACAGGAUAGAGGAGCUAGAAGAAGCCUUGAAGGAGAGUGUUAGCAUCACAGCUGACAGAGAGAUGAUCCUAGCUCAGCAGACGCAGACGAUCAGCAAUCUACAGAGACAGAUUGACAAUCUGAAGAGGGAGUUGGAACAAGUCAAGAAGCAGUUGUCCACAGCCAGCAACAAGCUGUCCACUACGACCACCGUGCUGAGAGAGAAGGAAGCCAAGCUGAGUGCCUUGCAGAACGAGAGGAGGAAAACGCUAGAGGAAGCAAUGGAAAUGAAACAAGAAGCAAUAACCGCCGCCAUCGGGGAGAAAGACGCCCACAUAGCUCUCCUAGAGCUCAACCGUAAGAACCCCAAAGCCUGCGAUGAACUCAAAGGCCUCAAGAAAGAGAAAGAUGCCCUGGUACAACUACUCAAAGAUGAGACCCAACGUCGCAUCAAGUUCAUCCACAAUGACAUGGAGAGGCCUACCGCAUUGGAGCAGUCACCUGUCACUCCUGAACAAGAUGAGGAAGACGGCAUUUGGGCUUAGACGCUUUCUUAACAUCCGCAGAACCCGCCUUGCCACAUUGCACAGGUGUUUCAUUCAGGGUUCACUGGAGCCUACAAGAGUGUGACAUUGUGAACAACUCAAAUUUGACCCUUCACCUUUGACCUCGUAGUAGCCAGCUGAGAUAGACGCAUUUCGUCCCAAGAAAGCUUUGGAUUGUUUUUGCAUUCAUUGGAAUGUUUCAAAGGUGUGAUGUAAAAAGUAUUGAGCAAGCCAAGCUUCUUCAACUUUUUUGUUGAUGACAGCAGUUUGUUGACCUCUUACCUUUUACCUUUUUAAAGCAGUAAAAGCUUACAAAAUGUCCAUAUUAAUUUAUGGAACUGAACCCUAUGUGAAGAAAGAUUAGCGGAGCACUUUGCUAUUUACUUUCUUUCUUCUAAUUUUUUGAAAUGGCAAUUGCCACAUAUUUCCAGAGCAAUUUUCAUGAACAUUGGUAAAUGUAUGUUUUCAUUUUCAUAGGUACCAUAGAUUUCCACUGUAUGCUCAUAGCCUCUUGUGCAUGGGGUUUAUGGUGCAGAUUGUUGGGAGGUAUUUUGUGGUGGAAUCUUUCACCAUGUGAUACCUCAGUAGUAACUUAUGGAUACCAACUCAUUGAUGUCCUCUAAAGCCGCAUCUAAGUUGUCUGUUGUGUGGCUAUGAUUCAGUGUUUACAUUGAGAUUUUACAGUGAAUAUCCAUAGCCAUAGAAAAAAAUCCACAUCACUACUUCAAAACAAUACCCUAUGGAUAGCAUAAGAUAAUUAUAUCACCUCAGUAUCUUCCAAGUAUCACCUCACUGUACCUCUCAUUGAUACCACUGCAACAGCAUCCAAUUGUAUAGCAAAGUACUUUUUCUCAGUGGUAUGCUGGCACAUUGCGGAAUAUCUUCCCCGUGAUAUUUUAUCGAUAUUUAACCUCAAAAUGUUUAAAGAAGUAGGAUCACCAAACUGUCCACCAUAUAUUAUAUAACCAUAUUGAUAUAUAUUUUUAUAUCACUUAACUUUUAUCUCUUUCAAGGCUAUUCAAAAAUGAUAGUUCCCCAUCGUUACUCAUAACAUGUACCUAUUUUGAUAGUUCAUGGUUAUCAACUGAAAAUUGAUAUCAACUUGGUAUUGGUACCCCAGAAAUACUUGGUAUUGCUAUUAUAGCUCCAUGGUAUUAUUACAUAACUGCUAGGGUUGUAAUGGUUUCAAUAUUUGAACAUCGCUGACAGUGUGUCUGGUUGUACCAUAUCUCACUACUAUUGCAGUAAUAUAAAUAUAUCAAUUAGCUUUCAUCACAUGGGUGAUGUACCACAUAACUAUCAAUGAUAUCACAAAACUAUCAGUGGUAUCACAUAUAACUGGUAGUUUGUUGGUGCUACUGCGCCAUAAAAAUAGUUUCCCUCUUACAUUAAAAUAUUGGCAUAUCAGGGUCGAUUCUUCUACUUCAUAUUUGGUAACUUGAAUAUCCAUGUUGUAUAAAACCAGUUUUGGAAAUCAUUUGCAAAUAGCAGAAACAAAUCACAGUUUACUGAAUGGUGGCAUAAUUAGUAUAUUACCCAAGGCUUAAUUAAAUUGCUAGUAUCAAAUGGCAUGCAGAAUUCCUUAUGGUAUCCAGGAGAAUUCGUGCCUAAUUGGCCAUGAACAAGAAUGUUCAUGGGUGGGUUGCGGCGGAGUAUCAUGUUAUUCACACGAUAGGCUGCAGACGAAUUGAUACUUGUAGCUAUAGAACCACAUGGAUACUCAAUUGCAUAGUUACCUACGGGCAUGUAACGGGAUACCGUGUGGCAAGUCUCGUGGUAACGGUCUGCUAAUGUCAAGCACUAGCAUUCGUGUUUUACCAAUUCUUGAGCAUUUUGUGGGCACCGUAGGUACAAAGAAUCAUUGUGGGUCUAGAUUUGCAGACAUAUCGGUUAGAGAAGUAAGAAUUAGGAAACGCUUAUCUUUUCUACGCUACAUCGAGCAAAAGCCAGGAAUGUGCUGUAAACAUUUAGCUAUUUAUUCCUGCGGUCAUGUAAUGCUGCCGCCAUUAUUGUCAUGGGCGCAUGCGCUUGUGAUGCGCAGUUUUGAUUGGACAAGCAAACUUUGUGAUUGACAGUAUAAACCCCGCCCACAGCGCAGAUUGAGAAAAGUUUCUGCCUUUGAAAAUGUCCAAAGCAAUGUAUUUUAUUUCUCUCGGUAUAUAGAUGGAAAUUCUAAGCAACUUAUGGUAGAGAUCCUGGGUGUGAUGCGCAACUGGUAUAGAACAGUAUUAACUGGCAUUUGUUAAAGGAAACAUUGGGGAUGAUUUACUAAGUGGAUCAACCUCAUAGCGCGCGGUGAUUUGUUGCCGUUUUCCUGUCCUGCGCCAUGUUGAUUUAUGUUUCUCAUGAAGUACAGCACGCAACAUAACAUUUCGAGGGACAUUCUUAGAUUUGUCAGUGUCGAGUUGGGGUGAGAUUAUUUUACACAGCCCUAGACGAACAUCGACGGUCGGGUGAACAUUAAAGAUUGCUAUUAUUUAUCUAGCCAUAGGGAGAAAAUUAAUACUCAGUUUUUUUAUACUGUGAUUGCCCAAAAGGAUUUUGUUAUGACAACGUGCAUAAGUUCAAUAUGGAAUGACUUCUUUACGUAAACGCGGUCGCAGACAUAUUAUUUUUUUGUUAACUUGAUAUCACUGUAAACAUCGGAAUGUCUUUUUUAAUCUGAUGCAAUGUAUUAAGCCCUAAGCGGUAAUUGUGGCUUUGGAUUCCUCUUGGCAUGCACUAGAACUUGGAAGUCACUGCCGUUCUUUCCAUCUCUCGAGGGUUACUUUUUUUUUCCUUUCUGGUUGGCAAGCGACCUAGGCGAGGUCAAGGAGGCAAGCCGGGAGGGUUGGGGGCCGGACCCCGCCGGGGCGACGCUCAUAACACGCUGCGAGUCACCGUCAAGUCGCAGUUGGGUUCGUUACUCCGAGAUUGCCUUACCGUACCGUAACAAUCGGCCCACCGCAGUCCUGUUGAAAACGGUGGACACCCGAGGAUAUACGCACUUGCACGGGGGGAGAAACAUUAGAAGCAGAAACCUCAUCGCCCUCAACUAUUGUUUAUGGGGUUGCGGAUGAACUUGAAGGAAUUAUUUCGGUUGUUGCCUUCAGGGGUAGGGGAAAACAUCUCCCGUUGGUCUAUGCUUAUAAUGUGUUCGUGUUGCAUCGUUUCUUGGAGUUGAUUGAGCAACAGGCUUUCAUGUACUGCGUUCAUGCAGUCGACUUUCACCGUUGAUCGUGGAGUUUAGUUGGAUUGAAUCUUUGGAUUGUAGCGGAGUUUAUGGAGUGUAACCGUCUGUAUUGAAAACCUGAAGGUCAGUGGAGAGUUUAUUUUUUCCUAUUACCUGUCAUUUACCGUUGGUGGGCCUAACAAAUUUGAUUGUCCAACAGAAGUCCGUUUUGUAUUUUAUGUCUGCGCCCUUGAUGAACUGACAAAUGCUCAACGAACUUUGGAUGGUUUUUGUAUGCGCUGGAAUAUUUGGGCUGUGCUGGCUGAGUUGGUGUUUGAUACAAGGCAUUUAUUGGGUUUUUUAAACUGUCGAAAAUCUAAUUUAGCCAUUUUGGAGAUUUGAAUUUGUGCAUAAUUUUUUUCUGCAGCGUUCUGUAUUACAUUUGUUUUUGUAUAUCGGUGUUUGUCCCACUUCCAGUUCCAGGAAUUCAUUUUUUCUUAUUCCAUGACAAAAAGUCAUGGAAACCGACUGUACUUGUAAAUAAUAUUUAUGUACACGUAUAUGGUAUGAUAUUUCAUUUGUGUUCAUAUUUUGCUGGUCUCAUUUCGUUCUUGCCAUUUCGAUACAGUUUGUUUAUACAACGACUAUUUUAUGUGUCAGUUGUACUGUUUGACUGUGGCUUCGCAAUGAACAUUGUAGCUAUGCAUGUUUCCCAUUACGAUAUUCACCGUUGUUGCAUUGCUGUCUUUAAGUGGUUUGAGGAAUUAUUGGAGAGGCUAUAAUAUUUUGUAUUGACACAUUAUUAACCGCACUGAACAUUUUUUUUUAUCAGACGGUUUAUUUAUGUCGGCGCUGAUCUUCUAAUUUAACUAAAAAUCGAAUAGGCCUACUUUUUUUCACUUCGAGUAUGUAAAACGUACCAGUCAAGACAAAGCGCGAAUUAUAUUAAAUUUACCAACGAUACUCUGACUCCUAUUAUCUUAAUUGAAACAAAACUUUCGCAACGCAGGACACACACAAAUAUGUCAAUGCAUUCAAUUUUAAGUUUAGUUGAUUUUUCUUCAUAUUUCAAUUCAACACUUGCUCAUCUUUUAAAGUUACAUGUAUAUACACUUCUGAGCAGUCUCUUUACAUGGAACAAAUAACGAACAGCCUGGAUAUUGGGACAAUAGCGAAGUUGUAGUCGGACGGUAUUUCCUAAUAGAUGAUAACGCUAUGUAAUGAAACAUUUCUGAUACCAAUCGGUGAUUGAGUGGCACAGUCGAAGCCGUUUUUGUGCAGAGCGUGUCGGCAUCACUGUGUGCGGACUUGCGCUUCAAACGUAACAAAUUGGUCUGCCGAUGAUUUUUUCCUACGCCGAAAGCUGUAAUAAACAAUUGAGGCAGAGAAUCGUCCAAAUCUGUUAACGCUGUUAAUACAGGGUGUCUCAACAAUGUAGCAGUCAAUCCAUCAAUAUUAAAAAUACUGGCACUCUCUUUUUUGCAAAACUAUGUAGUCCGAAGAUGUAGCAAGUACUAUACACAGUGGUCUUUAUCCCAUCUCAUUUGAACACCCAGUCCAGAGAUAAAGCUAAUUAAAUGAAAGGACUUGAAUUCCAAGUUGGGCCACGUGGUAUCUAAUGAAAGGCAUUCACGUACUAAGAAGGUGAAGAAAGUGGCUCAAACAGAUUUUGACACGAGCUUUGCCGUAACUUUGAAACAAAAGGUCCAAAUCACACAGAACAAAAAUCCUGUCAAGGCUAAAGAAACACUUUAUCAUCUCAUGGUAUUUUUUUUACCAAAAAGACGAUUUAGUUUCCUCAGAAAAAAAGUUGCUUCACUGCAACAUUUUUUUAUGCAACAAUUUUUUAGACACCCAGUACAGGGUUCAAGCUGGUAUGUAACUGUAUGGAAGAAAACAAGUCAUUCACUCGUGUUAUUUAUUCAGGAAUUUCCAUGUGUCUCCUAUCUUACCAUUUUUAACCUUCCAUAUCUCGAAAAUGUCCAGUACUAUUUCGUUUAUAUUGUUCUCGAUGUACUGUCGUACAUCAUUUUGUUAGUGCUGUGUGCCGCGAACCGUGCAUUGAGGGUCAUUUCAGACGGAUCGAAAUUUCCCAGUUACGAUUAUGCCGUCAUAAACUUGAAGUGUAAAACGCCACCGCAUAUACGCUUUACUUCAGAUAUCAUUUCGUGUCUUGAUUUGACGAAUAUACAUUUGUUCACGUUGCUUUACUGACUUUCAAUGUAAUUUUUCCACUGAGCUAUUGAUACACUUGAACAGUUUGAUAAAUUGCUGACAAUUACAAGAGUUAAUUGAACACAGUAACUCGGUACAAGUAACGGUGAAUGACGGUGAGAUAUAAAUGUUAAAAAAAAAACCUAAAGAGAAAGCUGACCUUAUUAUACGUUGGUGAUACAUGGGAUUGGUGGUAUAAGUACCACGUGCACCAGUUAGGAAAUAUUUCUUUCACGUAAACAAAAUUAUAAGUGAAAAAGAAAACACUUUGGGGCUCAUCAACCACCGAUGUCACUGUUGCCAAGAGUACAAGGUAAAAACACAGAGUAAAUACGGAAAAUCCGUAAAAGCUAGAAAAAAAGCUCCUUUUCAGUAAAAAAUACAAGUGCAUAUUGGUAUAAUUUAUCGUUGUGUCGUGAAGAUGUGACACGGUUUGGCCCAAGUAACGCCAAAUUGUCUGCGUUUUUUUGGUAGAAAUCCGAACUUCUUGCACGAUCCCUGGCACACCACGGAGGUGUUUAGGUCACUUGUUCACUCCGAUACGGAUUUAUUGCUCAAGAAGAUUCAUGCGCUGUUAAAUAAUUUAACACUGUGUAUAAGUAGACAGGGUUUGAAAAUCUAACAACGAUAUGAUAACGCGAUUCUACCUGAAUGUGUACUCUUACAGAGCCCCUGGAAAUUUAGACGUAUAGCUCCCCUUACCCCCUCUUUGACCUUUAACCCUUCUCUUGGUUUUCCCUUCAUCUGCUGAGAAAGGAGUGUAUACCAACACCAUGGUAUAGUGACUAGUAACAUCCGGGGACUUAGUUAGGUUAUCAAAAGUUCUAAAGUAUAACGGUGACAUCACGUGUCACGUGGUUGGUUUUGUGGCCGUGUUUGUUUCGUCAACCCUGCUCCAAAAAAGUUUGAUUCACGGAAACAAGAUGACAGGUGUGCAGUUGGCUAAGACGUAUUGAGCAGAUGGUUUUGUUCUGUCUUCUAGCAAUUUUAGGAUUUUUUACUGACCUGCCGACGUUUUGCUCACGAAAAUCUUAUGAAUUGUACCUUUUUAUCCAAAGUUUAUCCGUGACAUUUUAACGAACUUAUGAUAAUUUUUGUUUAGUACAUGUAUGGUUUAUAUUUGUCUUUCUCGUUGUGUGUGUACCCUGCAUGUGUUUUAGAUUCUAAAACCGUGUCCUGGGUUUUGUGUACAUUUUUGAUGAGAUAAAAAAAUGAUUUACUAAACUACUAAACUUAAAAAGCCUACUAAAUUGUACUUAGAAAAGUAUUGGUUUUAAGUUUUUAAUCGAGAGAGUACAAAUACAGGGGAAAAGUGUCUCUUUGGGAGGAGAGAUUUUUAGCCACCCUGCGGCCUGCUAGGGGAUUUCAUCCACAAUGCACACUGUUUUGAAAUUGACUUCACCGUCAAAUAUUUCAUCUCCGCUGACUCUGUUCCCGGAACAAUGAAAACAAAGUAUUGUUGGGGAUCUAAAAACCGCUUGAAAGAUGAGCAGGAUAAAAAAAAAGGCUGAUUUAUCGCUCCAGAUAGCUCAUCUAGGACGGGGAAUCGUAAAUCAAGUUAUACAAGAACAAACUUGGGUAUAUACUGAUGAACUUCUUUCAUGAUGUAAGUAUUGUGCCUUUGAUGAUGCAAGCAUGGCAUUUGGCACACAGUCAGAAUAUGUCAUUUGGCUGGCUCGGCAAAGUUACUUUCGAAACUUGAGUUACUUUUAAACAGUGAUUGUUAUUGAUGUUGACUUGAAGAAUGUUGUUUCGGUCGUAAUGUUGCUCGAGAAUGCUCAGUCAUGUUGUAUUAAUGUGACCCCCAAAUUCUCUGACUAAAAGUUGGUAUUACCCAUCGUAAACUGAGUGACAAGCGCAGCCUAACGGUGUUCGUGCAGUGUUACGCUGUAGCACUGUAGAGGUCACCAUUGCAAGACACGCUAAUUAUUGUUUGGAUAAUGAACAAGUACUGCACCUGAUGAGGUUUAUUAGGAAAUAGUUUAUGAGAAAUAGUGGUUCAUCAACACUGAAACCUUAGGAAGAUAAAAUAAGUUAACAUUUCGACAAGGUAUCAAUUCCAGAAAAAAAACUUGCAUUCAGGGUAACGACAAAAGUUAUAGCUUUUUGUCCCAGUUUUUAAAAACUAUUCAUAUUUUUUUGUCUAUACUGCAGCUCCGUAGUUUUUAUUCUUUUUUACCUUACCUUAUUUAUUUUUCCGACUAACGUUUUUAUAUGGAAGAUAUAGAAUUUCGAAGUUUUUAUCGUCCUUUUGAUAGGCCUGAUAUAAACAGCGCCCUCUGUUAAUGUUUCUUGUCCAUUCAAACUGUACUGGCUUAUUUAGAUGUAUAUUUUAAGUACUUCUGUGACAACGUUUUUUUCUGAUAUUCUCAUUUUACAGAAAAGCCCGUUGAUUUUUAUUUAAAUCCAACUGACAAAAAAAUGGCGAAUUGUCUACUAACGUAUUCUCUUUACAGAAUUCAUUAUAAGAAUGAUUAUCAAGAACCUCUUAUCACCGAUUCAAAACAUGUACACUUUCGUUGGUUGUCUAUUUUAAAAAAAAGCAAUACAACUUUUUUUUUCUGUUAAGCAACUCUGCAGAAUCGAUCAUUGUCAUAAAGUUAAAGUAACGUAACAAUAUUUUUUUAAAUUAACAAAAUGAUCAUAAUUACGAUUAGAUUUACCAAACAAAAUGUACAUUAAGAAAGACAGAGACUGACGUACAUGUAUAUUUGUGUUUUAUGAUUUGAAGAUCUCCAAUGAUUGCAACGACUUUUGAUAGUUUCUAUAAUUGUUAGAUGAUAUAUAAUAGAAGCUGGUUCAUUUAUCAUGCUGGGGAAAAAACAAGUAAAAACUUAGCGACUUUUAUGAGGAAAACCUUCUUUUUUUUGGUGUUUAGACAUUUGUCGUUAUUUUCACGAAAUCGCUUUCCUCAGAAAUUCGCAUUAAGUCUGAACUUUUCCAGUUUAUAAAAGCUGAAAGUACGAACGAUUUUGUGUUAAGUGUUUAAUGAAAAAGGGGAAAGUUUUUUUCUUAAUAAACCAACUUAAUAUCUUCUUAAAAAAAAAAAAAAAAAAGGUCGAAACAUAUACUUGAAAUCGUGAAAAACGUUUCCAAUAAUAUUGCACAAAUUGUACAUUUGUAAUUUGUAAAGUGUAAUGUUGCGUAGAUCUUUGAAGUAGCCUUUAAAAAAAAAUACUUUUCUUUUGUCUUGGACGUUUUGAUUUCCGUUUUGAUGGACAUACAGAAUUUAUAUAUGUAAAUUACUUGUGAUACAAAGUACUAUACAGUAUAGCAUUUAACACCUUAUACAUAGCAUGAUUAUGUGAAUAUGAUAAUGUACUUGUGAACAUUGUGGACAAUGUACUCGUGUGUGCUAAUAUUAACCAGUUUAUAACGGCAGUACUUUAUGAUAAUCUCAAUUACCCUUAUUUAUUCUGUACAUUUUCAUCAAUGAUUUCAUUCUGAACUAAACUAUUUAUGAAUAACUGGCUUCAGCUUGUAACCGUUUCCCGUGGUGGGGAGUUUCUCGUUUUGUAUUAAUCCUUCUCUUUAAUUGUACCGCACAGGGUCGGUCAUUACGUCAUCUCAUACAGGGAUGACGUAUUAGGCGAUGACAUAAUGCUCGAGUCUGACGUCAUUGAAAGUGUACGUAGAUCGCCAACGAAUUUGUUGCUUUUCCUUGACGUCACAUCUGGUUUGGGGUGUUGUUGUUUUUUUUCCAUCGGAAAAAGGCGACUCUUAAACAAUAAAAUUUGCUUGUCUUUAUUUCUGUUAAUCAUGUGCCUAAAUAAUGUAAUUAUCAGCUGAAAUAUCUGUGCUGGAUGUAAUAAAUCGAAAAGAAUCUACGAACAUCUUGUAAAAGGUGAA